AGUCCAACAUGGAGGAGGUUCAAGACGAGCUGAUGCACAGACUGACGCUGGGUCGCAGCGCUCAGAAGAAGUUCCAGGUUCCGUCUCGCGGCGGCGGCCUCCCGUCCGUCAGCAUCACGUACGACUCGUCACCGGACGACGUGAAAGUCUGGCUGGACGCUAAAGGCUUCAGUCCAGUCACCAUCACCAGCCUCGGCGUCCUGACCGGAGCUCAGCUGUUUUCUCUCAACAAAGAGGAGCUGAAGACGGUUUGUCCCGAUGACGGCGCCCGAGUCUUCAGUCAGGUGACCGUGCAGAAGGCCGCGCUGGAGAGGAGUUCAGGCUCGGAGCUCCAGGAGGUCAUGAGGAGGCGUCAGGAGAAACUUGCAGUGAGCACCUGUGACUCGGGGGUGGAGUCGUUUGACGAAGGAAGCUCCCACUGAGCUCCUCAUGGCCUCCUCCCUCCCUCCCUCCCUCCCUCCUCUCUUUUUUUCAAACUGCGGCCUGCUGUUUUCUCUCUCCCUCCUCAGGCGGCGAUGGACCACGCUGAGUUUGUACAGAUAAUGAGACGCAGACAGGAAGUGCUGGGCUCGUCUCCGUAGGAUUCAAAACUAAAACCGGCUCCUGAUGACGUCAUGAGCUCAACGUGUUUGGUCAUGUGACGACUCGGAGCGGCUGCUCGUCACCUCCACUUUGUCUCAGACGCAGGAAAAUAUCUCAAUUUCUACAUUGUAAAUAAAAAAUCUUAGUUUUGUUAAAUUAACGUCACGAUUCUCGAGAGAAGUCGAUCGUAUGAAAAAUCAAAUAAAUCAUUCAUGAAGAGAUCAGAUGUAAAAAACCUCGAUGUCAGUUUCCUCUUGAUCAUUUAUGAAACUGGAGAUUUAACUUCAUGUCGAUGAAACGUUUGAUUCUUUUAAAGAUGUUUCACAGAAAAGACAAACUGAACAUUUCAUAGUUUAUUUAAAUGUAACGAUAGAAUCCAUCCACUGAAGAUUUAUUUACGAAGCUUCGUAAUAAUUUCUCAUUUCUGAGCGUCAUGUGAUUUAGAGUCGGACUCAGACGACGAACCAUUCAAGUGUUUCAGCUGCUGCUUCGCUCAUCGUCUGUUCAGAGACGAAAAACUUUAUGACCCCGCCUCCUCCCCAGUGUUCCUCGCCUGGUUGGUUCGUGCAGGUCGCGAACUUCCUCAGACUUUUCCAGAAUUUAUCUGCAAAUAUUUUUCCCGGAAAGUUCAACGAUCAGAAGCUGAAAACACGUCACAGAUUGUUCCAAUAAAUAAAAGACAAGAAAAGACGACGAGAAGAAAGCAACGCUGCCACCUUGUGGUGAUGACGUUAAAACCAAACGGAAACAUGGACACUGAACAAACAUCAGUGAGAUGAGAACGAGCUGAAGAGACAGAAACUUCUUUGACUGAGUUUUUAGUUUGGUUCAUGUCCCGUCUGUUAACAUGGAGAAGGUUUAUGUACUAUACUGCAGCCAGGCACCAGGGGGCGAUCAACACGAUUUGGCUUCAGCUUCAUAAGCUGUCAUGUUUUCACUUGUCUUUAGUUUUUACUGAGCAGCCUCAAACGCCACAGGAUCCGCUGUGUGACACGUCUGUGACACGUCUGUAGCACGUCUGUAGCACGUCUGUGACACGUCUGUAGCACGUCUGUGACACGUCUGUAGCACGUCUGUAGCACGUCUGUGACGAUGAUUGAUUAGUUUUCUGACCUGUAGCUCAUCACUGAUGACUGACGAGUAGAAGAUGUUAAUGAGACGUUUAGUUUUCAUUGUGCCUUUUCCAGUAAAUCUGCUCAUUCUGCAAUAAAACAUUUAAAAAAUCA